GUGGGGCUCACCGGCGCGCAGUUUCCCAGGCCACCGCGAUCGCUCCGCCCGCGGCCGGCCGGUUUCCCCUCCCUCGGUCCCUCCCUCCUGUUCACCUCCCGCCCGCCUGCGCCCGACACGCUUUGGCUCUUCUCUUGGGGCCCUGGCCGAGAGUCGCAUCCCGCACAACUUUGGGACAGUGGCCUUUGGUGUUGAAUGUCCCCUUUCGAGAGCGCAUGGCUGAGGACGCGAGGCGCGGUCUCGGCCUCAGAGCAACCACCGUCCUGGCGGUGGUGAUGCUGCUGCUGUGUCUGGGGGUCCCGAUGGGGCGCCCCUACAACGUGGACACCGAGAGCGCACUGCUCUACAGGGGGCCUCCGAGCACCCUGUUCGGCUACUCGGUGGUGCUGCACAGCCAUGGGCCCAACCGAUGGCUCCUGGUGGGAGCACCCACUGAUAACUGGCUCGCCAAUGCUUCAGUGGUCAAGCCGGGGGCCAUCUACAGAUGCAGGAUCGGAAAGAACCCAAAUGGGACGUGUGAACAGCUGCAGCUCGGCAGCCCAGUUGGAGAGCCUUGUGGAAAGACUUGCCUGGAAGAGAGAGACAAUCAGUGGUUGGGAGUCACACUUUCCAGGCAGCCUGGAGAGAACGGAUCCAUUGUGACUUGUGGACAUAGAUGGAAAAAUAUAUUUUACAUAAGAAAUGAAAACAAACUCCCCACUGGUGUUUGCUAUGGAAUGCCCUCCGAUUUAAGAACUGAACUGAGUAAAAGGAUAGCUCCGUGUUACCAAGAUUUUGUGAGAAAAUUUGGGGAAAAUUUUGCAUCGUGCCAAGCUGGGAUAUCUAGCUUUUACACAGAGGAUCUGAUUGUGAUGGGGGCUCCAGGCUCAUUUUAUUGGACUGGCUCUCUCUUUGUCUACAAUAUAACUACAAAUAAAUUCAAAGCUUUUUUAGACAGACAAAAUCGAGUAAAAUAUGGAAGUUAUUUAGGCUAUUCGGUUGGAGCUGGCCAUUUUCAGAGUCCACAUACGACAGAAGUGGUUGGAGGAGCACCUCAACAUGAGCAGAUUGGUAAAGCGUACAUAUUCAGCAUUGAUGCAAAAGAGCUAACAAUUUUAAAUGAAAUGAAAGGUAAAAAGCUUGGAUCGUAUUUUGGAGCUUCCAUCUGUGCUGUGGACCUCAAUGCAGAUGGCUUCUCGGAUCUACUCGUGGGAGCUCCCAUGCAGAGCGCCGUCAGGGAGGAGGGAAGAGUGUAUGUGUACAUCAACUCUGGCGCGGGAGCAGUAAUGAAUGAAAUGGAAACAGAGCUCAUUGGAAGUGACAAAUAUGCCGCAAGGUUUGGAGAAUCUAUAGUUAAUCUUGGCGACAUUGACAAUGAUGGCUUUGAAGAUGUUGCUAUUGGGGCUCCACAAGAAGAUGAAUUGCGGGGCGCUAUUUAUAUUUACAAUGGCCGAGCGGAUGGGAUCUCCCCAGGCUUCUCACAGAGGAUUGAAGGACGCCAAAUUAGUAAAUCAUUAAGUAUGUUUGGACAGUCUAUAUCUGGACAAAUUGAUGCUGAUAAUAAUGGAUAUGUAGAUGUAGCAGUUGGUGCCUUUCAUUCUGAUUCUGCUGUGCUGCUAAGGACAAGACCUGUAGUGAUUGUUGAAGCUUCUUUAUACCAUCCUGAGUCAGUGAAUAGAACGAGAUUCGACUGCAUUGAAAAUGGCUUGCCUUCUGUAUGCAUAGAUCUAAAACUCUGCUUUUCAUAUAAAGGCAAAGAGGUUCCAGGUUAUAUUGUUUUGUUGUACAAUAUGAGUGUGGAUGUGAACAGAAAGGUCGAAUCUCCAUUGAGAUUUUAUUUCUCUUCUAAUGGCACUUCCGACAUGGUUACAGGAAGCAUACAGGUAUCAAGCAAAGGAGCUAGCUGCAGAACACAUCAAGCAUUUAUGCGGAAAGAUGUGCGGGAUAUCCUCACUCCAAUUCAAAUAGAAGCUGCUUACCAUCUUGGGCAUCAUGUCCUUAGUAAAAGAAGUACAGAGGAAUUCCCUCCCCUACAGCCAAUUCUGCAACAGAAGAAAGAAAAAGACAUGAUUAAAAAAACGAUAAACUUCGCCAGGUUUUGUGCUUAUGAAAAUUGUUCUGCUGAUUUACAAGUAUCUGCAAAAAUUGGAUUCUUAAAGCCAUAUGAAAAUAAGACCUAUCUUGCUGUGGGAAGCAUGAAGACAUUGAUGUUGAAUGUGUCUUUGUUUAAUGCUGGAGAUGAUGCCUAUGAAACCACUCUGCACAUUGAACUGCCCACAGGUCUCUACUUCAUUAAGAUAUUAGAUCUGGAAGAUAAACAAAUCACUUGUGAAGUAAUAGACAUAGUAAAAAUUGACUGCAGUGUUGGCUAUAUAUAUGUAGACCGGCUAUCAAAGGUAGAUAUUAGCUUUCUUCUGGAUGCAAGCUCACUUAAUCAGGUGGAAGAAGAACUCAACAUCACAGUGCAUGCUGCCUGUGAAAAUGAAGGGGAAAUUGAUUCUCUAAGGGAUAACAAAGUGACUUUAGCAAUCCCUCUGAAGUACGAGGUGAUGCUGACUGUUCAUGGGUUUGUUAACCCCACUUCAUUUGUUUACGGAUCAGAUGAGGAGAAUGAACCUCAAAUGUGCAUGGCAGAGAAAAUGAACUUCACUUUCCAUGUUAUCAAUGCUGGCCAUAGCAGAGCUCCAAAUGUCAGUUUGGAAAUUAUGCUGCCAAAUUCUUUUACCCCUCACACCCACAAACUGUUCAACGUUUUAGAUGUGCAGACCACCACUGGGGAAUGCCACUUUGAAAAUUAUCAAAGAGAGUGUGUGCAGCAGCGUAAGACUGCAAUGGAAGCCAUGAAAGAUAUAUUCACAUUCAUGUCAAAGACUGAUAAGAGAUCAUUGUACUGCAUAAUAGAUGAUCCAUAUUGUUUACAUUUCUUAUGCAACUUUGGGAAAAUGGACAGUGGAAAAGAAGCCAGUGUUCACAUUCAAUUAGAAGGUCGACCAUCUCUUUUAGAAAUGGAUGAGACAUCAGCACUCAAGUUUGAAAUAAGAGCAAUGGCGUUUCCAGAGCCGCACCCAAAAGUUAUUGAAUUAAACAAGGAUAAAAAUGUUGCACAUGUUCUGCUGGAAGGGCUACAUCAUCAAAGACCCAAACGUCUCUUCACUGUAGUGAUUAUUUCAAGCAGCUUGCUACUCGGACUUAUUUUACUUUUAUUGAUUUCCUAUGUUAUGUGGAAGGCUGGCUUCUUUAAAAGACAAUACAAAGCCAUCUUGCAAGAAGAAAGCAGAAGAGACAGCUGGAGUUACGUGAACAGUAAAGACGAUUAA